AUGAAAACUGAAACCUUAAAAAUAUCAUCUGAACACAAUAUUAGUGACUGGUUUGCGGACAAAGACAUUAAGGAUACCUUCUACGACAAACUUAUUUCAGAUGCUUUACUGAAUGGCAUUCCAAUUAAAGCUGAGCAUUCAUAUAGUUUAAAUAAGGAGGGAAUCUCGUGUUCUGUUGUACCGAAAAUUCUACUUAACAAAUCAGAUGAUAUAGAAAACGAAUGCUAUCCUGCAAUAUCACUUAAGUCUGCGACAUGUCAUUUUCGUCAGAUCGACUUACAAAGUGGCUCCAAAAAUAGUUGUCCAGAAACGGCUGAAAAAUUUUGUUUAGAAUCAAAUCUAAAGUCGUCGAAAUUGCUUAAUGUUCCACAAAAAAAUUUGACGUCAAUGCUUAAUUUUCAAAACAAUUAUAGUACUAAUAAGGAAUCAUAUUCGAACACAGCAGCUGUAAAAAUAGAUUCACUUUCAGUUCAGAAUUCUCAACUUCUACAAUACCAGUCUUCUAAUAUUGCUUUUAAUAAAAAUUCAGCAAAAUUACACUUAAUAUUACGUGAAACAAGUGUGUCUCCAAAUUUAAGUUCUAAUAUAGAAGUUGACGAAAUUUUUAUCAAAGAGGAGCCUUUAUCUCCGUCCUACAGUUAUCCACCAAGUCCCGUUUCAAAUAGUUGCAGUUAUUCAUGUACAAAGGAUACCGUUAGCAGUGUGAAUUGUUGCCAACAAGUGAAUAAAAAAAGUCCUGUGUCAUCUAACUUUCAUAAAGAAUGCGAACUUCACACACCUGUCGCAAAUAACAAUUUAAUAUUAACAAGUGACGUAAAGUUUAAUGGAUCAGAAACUAUCACUCCUAAAAACCUUUGUAAAAAACUGAGCUCGUUCGGAAUGCCCUUAACUCCUCCAUCCUUAUCACCAAGUGAUGAAUCACAGGGCAAUGUUUCGCCGGAACAUAUAUCUGGAUUAAGUGGUUUAACGUCUAAAUUAAUUACUGUAAAUAACAAUAAAACGAAGCAGGUCACAGCUACUCCACAAACAGUGAAACUUCGAGAGAGUUCUUACUCAACUGCAUGUCACACAAACCGCUGUACUUCUUCAAGUCGUAAUUUCAAUGGAAAUAACUCAAGACAACCAAUACACACAACAUUAAUAAGUUCUCAACCUAAGGGAUAUACUGGUGCACUUACAUUAACAGACGAAGAAAAACGAACAUUACUUGCUGAAGGUUAUUCAAUUCCACAAAAACUACCUUUAACUAAGUCUGAAGAAAAGUCAUUGAAGAAAAUAAGAAGGAAAAUAAAGAAUAAGAUAUCAGCACAAGAGAGUCGUCGUAAAAAGAAAGAGUACAUGGACCAAUUGGAACGCAGGGUUGAGCUACUUGCUAAUGAAAAUAAAAACUAUAAAAAACGCGUUGAGUCACUGGAGUUUUCGAAUUCGAAUUUAUUUAGCCAACUUCAAAAACUUCAAGCAUUAGUUAAAAAACAAAAAAUAAAUACAUAAAAAAUAUAUAUUUGAUAUAUUCUACAUUCAAACUGCAUAUCUCAAUUUCAAAACAAACUAGAAUCGAUAAUGCAAAUUCUCUAAGAUGAUGUUUUAGACACACAAAAUGAAUUUUUAUUUAU